CACCUUUCUUUGCUUCAGCGUGCGCAUAACUACCAAAAAAACCUACGCAUUCAACCUAUCCAUACAUUAUUGCCUGGUAGUAGAUACUACUAUAAAAGUAAGAAAGAGAAAGGUGUCACGGUAUUCUUGGACUAUUCUGCUCCUUUCCAGAAAUUUCAACGUCUUCCCACUUCUUCCCGAGUUAGGUUCACCUUUUUGCUCGCUUUUAAGCUGAAUACUCGUUGGAUAAUCUUGAUUACCCUUCCCUUUACUGUUGGUCCAGAAUCCAAGAAAAAUUGCGUUUUUCUUCCAUUUGUGUUUCUCAUGGAGAGUCCAGAGACGUGAAAAAUUGCGUGUAACCAUCUGAUUAAAUCAGCAUUUCGUUUGAUUUUCCCGGGAUUUUACUGAGGAGACGAAUAUAACAGAGAAAAUGGGUCUGAUGGAAUUAACUACAACGUCUGAUCGCGCGUCAAUUGUGUCCAUAAAUCUGUUUGUGGCAUUGCUUUGUGGCUGUAUUGUAAUUGGCCAUUUGCUUGAGGACAACCGAUGGAUGAAUGAAUCUAUUACAGCCCUGAUUAUUGGUUUGUGUACUGGAGUUGUUAUUUUGCUGUUAAGUAAGGGAAGAAGCUCGCAUCUGCUUGUGUUUAGCGAAGAUCUUUUCUUUAUAUAUCUGCUUCCGCCUAUCAUAUUUAAUGCUGGGUUUCAGGUGAAAAAGAAGCAAUUUUUUCGUAAUUUCAUCACUAUUAUGCUUUUUGGAGCUGUGGGUACCCUAGUUUCAUGGGCAAUAAUAUCAUUAGGUGCCACUCAAAUCUUUAGUAGAAUGGAUUUUGGCGAUUUUGAUAUUGGGGAUUAUCUAGCCAUUGGUGCAAUAUUUGCCGCAACAGAUUCUGUAUGCACUUUGCAGGUGCUACAUCAGGAUGAGACCCCCCUGCUUUACAGUCUGGUUUUUGGAGAAGGUGUUGUGAAUGAUGCUACAUCAGUGGUGCUUUUCAAUGCCAUUCAGGGCUUUGAUAUGUCAAAUAUUGAUCCUAAAAUCGCCCUGCAUUUUAUUGGAAAUUUUCUUUAUCUAUUCUUUACUAGCACCGUCCUGGGGGUAAUCGCUGGAUUGCUUUGUGCUUACAUCAUCAAGAAACUGUAUUUUGGCAGGCAUUCAACUGAUCGUGAGGUGGCUCUAAUGAUGCUUAUGGCUUAUCUAUCCUAUAUGCUGGCAGAAUUAUUAGAUUUGAGUGGCAUUCUUACGGUGUUCUUUUGUGGGAUAGUUAUGUCCCACUACACCUGGCACAAUGUGACUGAGAGUUCAAGAAUUACUACCAAGCAUACCUUUGCAACUUUGUCAUUUGUUGCCGAGAUUUUCAUCUUUCUUUAUGUCGGUAUGGAUGCAUUGGACAUUGAAAAGUGGCGUUUUAUCAGUGAUAGUCCUGGAACCUCAGUUGCCGUGAGUUCAAUUUUGCUAGGCCUGGUUUUACUUGGUAGGGCAGCUUUUGUGUUUCCCCUAUCCUUUUUAUCUAACUUGGCCAAGAAAUCUACAAGUGAUAAGAUUUCCUUCAAACAGCAAGUCAUUAUAUGUUGGGCUGGCUUGAUCAGAGGUGCUGUGUCUAUGGCACUUGCAUAUAAUAAGUUCACUAGCUUGGGACAUACUAACUUGCGAGGAAAUGCAAUAAUGAUCACUAGCACCAUUACUCUUGUUCUUUUUAGCACAGUGGUAUUCGGCUUAUUGACAAAGCCGCUUAUAAGGUUGUUGCUGCCACCUUUGAAACAUGCCACCAGUGCUGCAUCUUCUGACCCUAAUUCUCCCAAUUCACUCGGUGUUCCGCUAAUCAGCCAUUCACAGGACUCUGAUAGUUUUUUAAGCGGGCAUGACAUCCCACGGCCAUCUAGUAUACGCAUGCUUUUGACAACACCAACCCACACCGUGCAUCGUCUCUGGCGUAAGUUUGAUGACAGAUUUAUGCGUCCUGUGUUUGGUGGGCGGGGGUUUGUUCCUGUUGUUCCUGGUUCCCCUACAGAAGGUAAUCUAAGUUAAAUGUCUGCACUGCAUGAAUUAAAAGCAAAAGAUAGAGACUCACGGGAGAUGUGCUCUCAACAAGGGUUGGACUUGCUGACCGAGUAUUUUGCUGUAAUUUCUAUGUAAAUUACCUUGCCAAGCUAACAUCAAGUUUUGUAUAGAUCAAAAACUACCAUGUAUACAUACUUGUGUCCAUAUAUGCAUAGGUAGAUGGUUGAAUAAGAGUUGUCAUAUUGGCAGUUGCCCAGCAUUCAACCAAGAAAAUCCUGUUAGAUUGCGGGGAUGUGAACUGUCAUAAAUUAGAAGACAAGUGGAGAAACUUUCCUCUUUCUUUUGACUUGAAAAGAGCAGUUUAACUUUCGUGUUCUUAA